UUUUUCCACCGGUUUACAAACAUAAACAAUCGAUAGUGUUUCGAAGUGUGUUUAGUAUUUUCACUGAAAUUGCAAACGUUUAUUGAUAAUUUUGUUGAAAAAAGUGAAAAAUGGGCUCAAAGCGCAAGAAUAUGGAGGACGAAAUGUCCCGCUUUGAGGCGGAAAUUUCAAAGGCAACCGGUCCCUCCAGCGGAAUUAGCUCCAACCCGUUCAUCCCAUCCCAAGUGCGCACCGUUAUCGGUUCCCAGACGUACAAUCAGGUGCAGCAAAAGUUAGCCACCGUGCCAACCCGUAUUCCACCCCCACCGGUUCCUCCGUUUUUGCCAACCUAUUCGACGCCUGUUCCGCAGCAACACUCUUCCCAGCAGCAUUCUGCCGUUCCGGAAAAAUCGUACAACACAGAACCUACGCCGGCGGUCGUCAGCAGUGCCCCAAAACUAUACAACGCCAGGCCAACGGUUGGCACCCUGCCCAAAGUGGAUGCGCCCGCGGCUGCCAGCAGUUCCAUAGGGCCGACCAUAUCGUCGACUCCGGUGCAAUCGUACGAUAUCGCAAAUAUACAGUUUGAAGUGACGACUAAAAUUAAAAAGCAGAAAACGGAAAAAUCCGGCCCGAAUCCUAUUGCCGAAGAAGCCAUCAAGGCAGCGCGUGCUUCAUCCGCUCUGCAGUCGUUUGGCAAUUCUGACCGCCGGGGUAAAAAGGACCGAAAGACGGUGCGCGUAGCCGGUGGCCAAACGUGGGAGGAUCAAUCCCUUGGGGACUGGCCCGAUGACGAUUUCCGAAUUUUCUGCGGCGAUUUGGGCAACGACGUGAAUGAUGAAUUGUUGACGCGCACCUUCAACAAGUUCCCUUCGUUCCAGCGCGCCAAAGUGAUACGAGAUAAGCGAACGAGCAAAAGCAAAGGCUAUGGUUUUGUGAGCUUUAAAGACCCGCAGGAUUUCAUUCGGGCUAUGAAGGAGAUGGACGGUGAGUACUGUUUUCAAAUUAUUUUAUUUUGGCUGGUAUAUCGAUAUGAUACGUUUUACACACACAAAGAGUCAAGACAUCACAUUGAGAAAUCUGAGUUGUUAGUUUGGAUGGCACGAGAAGGUACAUAAUAUCUAGAGUUACAUCUGAGAAAAAUAAAUAAGAAUUAAACGCUAACACUUUUAUCGACUGCCAUGCAGCAAUUUAGCCCAUUGGUCCCCAACCAUACGACACGAACAGCUGAGGUACAUUAUACUGUCUCCGUGGUGAGUUGGGUUUGGAUGGUACAUAGAUAGCACCAUCCGAGUACUCUUCCAUCUCUUUGAAGCCGCCACUCUGUCCGAUUUCGGUCGGUUGUGUAUUGGUCAUCGAUUCAGGAUAUCUUGAUCCGUAAGGUAGCAUUCUAGGCUGCUCAAGUUCAUCUUCAAUAGUUCGGAGCUCACGGUUAGCAUCAGCCUCCGCAGCUUCUUGCUCACGAAGUUUUUGCAUCUGCUGUAACUGGUGUUGUGCGUAGGCCUUUUGUUGUUUCGUGAAGUGAUUUAGGUAUAACAUUGUGAAUGGCAUUCCUGAGGCGCCCCAGCCUCGUGACAUGAAGACAUCUUUUUUGAUUGGUGACAUUAUACUGCCGUUGGCAUCGUUUACAGCCGAUCGGGGGGAUUGUGCUGGAUGGCCAUGUGAUGUAAUAAUCAGUGCAACAAUGCACA